UUCUUUUCCACAAGUGGAGAGGUUUUUUCAUUUCUUUUUUUGAAAAUGGCUGCGGCGAUGAUGAGAUACAAAGGAAGCGUUUUUAUCAUAAUCAUCUUCUUAAUCGCUCUUCUUACGUGCUCACAUGUUCACUCUUCUUCUACAAAAUCGUUCUUCUGGUUAGGACAAACAGAAGACACCAAAGCCAUGAAAAAGGAGGAGAAAGAGAUUGAUGUUGGAUCAGCUAAUGAAGUUGAAGAAAGACAAGUUCCGACCGGAUCCGAUCCUCUUCAUCAUAACCACAUUCCCUUCACUUCUCCAUAGCUUAUUACAUCUGCUGUUUCCCACACUUCACUUAGUAGUUUUGUAACAACAAGUUUUGCAUUUUCCAGUUUUGAGUUUUGUUUAUCCGAAUGUUACUUUAAUUUAUU